GAGAGGAGAAAAGAACAGAGCCUCUCUUUCUCUCUCUAUGUUCACAAUAAACCCAACACAACUCUGUCACAAAUCUUCACACUCUCUUCUCCUCCCUUGUCCAUAAAAGGAACCCUUACUCUCUCAGAAAGUUCCAACAUCUAAACACACCCCACAAAGCAAGCUUACAAAUUCUUUCGUUCCCUCUUAUCUUCAACAUGCCUUCUGACCUCAACGAAUCACGUCGACUAACUACUAAGAUGCCUCACGUAGGAGCGGUGGGGGAUCAGCAAGACCAGCUUCCUUGUCCUCGCUGUGAAUCGACCAACACCAAGUUCUGCUACUACAACAACUACAACUUCUCGCAGCCUCGCCAUUUCUGCAAAGCCUGUCGCCGUUACUGGACUCACGGAGGUACUCUCCGCGACAUUCCCGUCGGUGGCGUUUCCCGUAAAAGCUCCAAACGCUCUCGCACCUGCUCCUCCGUCGCUGUUUCCACCGCCUCCGUCGGAAGCCGGGAGUUCCCGUUACAAGCGACGCCUGUUCUUUUCCCUCCUUCUUCCAACGACGGUGGUGUCGCGGCGGCGAAGGGAAGUGCGUCGUCGGUCUACGGCGGUUUCACCUCUCUGCUCAGCUACAACGCCGCCGCGAGCAGAAAUGGGCCUGGUGGUGGGUUUAAUGGGCUCGAAGGGUUCGGACUUGGGCUUGGUCACGGGUCGUAUUUCGACAACGUCAGGUUUGGACAAGGGAUAACGGUCUGGCCGUUUUCGAGUAGCGCUACUGAUGCUGCAUCAGCUGUUACGAGCCACGUGGGUCCAACACCGGGGACGUGGCAGUUCGAAGGUCCAGAGAGCAAAGUCGGGUUCGUGUCCGGAGACUACUAAUAUGCGCGAGAGAAUAAUUCAGUCGAGGGGGUCUCAGUGUCUCUUUUUAGUUUUACUCUUUAGCUUCCAGUUUAGUGACCUCUUCAUGUAGCGUAGCUGGUUACUUAGUUAGAUUAUCUAUUUACGAAACUACAAACCAGAGAAACGUUUGUUGGUUAGUAUCUGGCUCUAAUGUUAAUCCCAACUUUGGAAAACAACAUUCCACUUUUUUAAAAAUGCAUUGUCUAUUUAUAUCA